AUGGCAAACCCCACCCCACACACCUACGGAAACGAAGUCUUCGCCAACGGCCUCCAAAACAUCAAACCCCCAAUCAGCUUCUACCCAUACGACUGGGAAUCCCACGCCAAGGAGGUCUUGUCUGCCAACAGCUACGGCUACCUCCGGGGCUCCGCCGGCCUCCGCGAAACAGACGACAACAACCGCGCCGCCUUCCGCAAAUGGGCCAUCAUCCCCUCACGGCUCGUCAAGGCCGACUUCCCCAGCCUCAAGACCACGGUGCUGGGCCAGGAAUACGACUACCCGAUUGCGAUCGCGCCGAUCGGCGUGCAGCGCAUCUUCCACCGCGACGGGGAGGUGGCGGCCGCGUCGGCGGCGCGCAGGGAGCACGUCCCGUAUAUCCUGAGCACGGCUUCGUCGACGAGUAUCGAGGAGGUGGCGGCGGCGAGCGGGGAUGGGGCCCGCUGGUACCAGCUUUACUGGCCGUCUAACGAAAACAAUGAGAUCACGGUUAGUUUGCUGGAGAGGGCGAAGAGGGCCGGGUAUCGCGUGCUGGUCGUCACGCUCGACACGUAUAUCCUUGGCUGGCGGCCGUCGGAUCUGAACAAUGGGUAUAGCCCCUUCCUGCGGGCGGACAGGAACGGCGUCGAACUGGGGUUUUCGGAUCCUGCGUUCCGGCGACGGUUCCUUGAGAGGCACGGGGUGCAGGUGGAGGAGGAUCUGGGCGCGGCGGCGGCGGAGUGGGCGCAUACGAUCUUCCCUGGCAUGAGUCACUCGUGGGAGGAUCUCAAGUUCCUGCAGCGGCAUUGGGACGGUCCGAUGGUGCUGAAAGGCAUCCAGAGCGUGGCGGAUGCGCGGCGCGCGGUAGAGGUCGGCGUCCAGGGGAUUGUGGUAUCGAACCAUGGAGGCCGGCAGCAGGAUGGGGGGAUCGGGUCCCUCGAUGUGUUGCCGGAGAUUGUGGACGCGGUGGGCGACCAGCUGGACGUCUUGUUUGAUUCUGGUGUCCGGGGUGGUGCCGAUGUCGCCAAAGCGCUGGCGCUCGGGGCGAAGAUGGUGCUGAUCGGGCGGCCGUAUGCGUAUGGACUGGCGAUUGCGGGUGAGGCCGGUGUCUCGCAUGUCCUGCGAAGUAUCCUUGGGGAUCUGGAGCUCAGUCUGCACCUGUCGGGGAUUCAAUCGGUGUCUCCUCGGCAUCUCAAUCGGUCAGUCUUGCGCCGAGUGAGGUAG